GGAACAUUCAAACGUCGAGCGUCCAGUCCAACGUUUCAUCCUCUGCUUUGCUGUCAACAGAGCCAAGGCAAGGUGGAGAAGGCACAGGUGAAUUCAGGCCGCCAUGGCUGGUUGCGCCCAUAUAGAUUUUUCCGAGCGGAGAUGAAACGCGAUGCGACUGGCCCACCGUAAGGCGAAGCAUUCGCAGCCACGAGCCACGAUACGAAGUUUCUUCGAAGCUCCGCCGCUACCAGGACACACGAAGUUUCCGAUGUCCAGCAGUGCUGUCAUCAGACGUAGCUUCCGAUGCCUUGCUCUUACGGCCGGAGUCGCUUUAUGCCUUUCGCUCGCGUACUUUAUCGCAGCCGACUAUUAUGUUCUUCGCAACCCCCCCGAAUGUCUCUCCUCUCUCAACGAAACUAAAUGCGUCGCCGAAUUUCGCUUCGCGCGGCAAUCCCUGGGCGCGUUCUCCGCCUCCAGGCGCACCGUGAUUCGCGCUCUCGUGAAUCGGGUCCAAGCGCAAGUCACGGCGGCCCUGCCGCUGUUUGAGGAGAUCAAAGCCGACAUGACGAGCAGGACUAACUACACGGAGAUUAUAACGGGGGAAUGCGCGGACCAGGCGGGUAUCGCGCUGUACCACUUGCGACUGGCGGACGAUCGGCUCUCCGUAGGCACCGCUCGUGGCGCCGCAGUCGGCGCUGCUGACGGCGCAACCGACCGCGCAACUGGCAUUGGAACUGGCGGCGGAACUGGGGACGGUGGGGGAGGCGGAAUGGCGGGUGUGCCGUACUGGCUGUCGGCCGCGCAGCGUCAGAUGCGCAACUGCAUGAGCGCGCUUAAUUACUUCACAGGGCCCUCGCUGCGGUGUGCGGCUGGGGAUACUCUCAAGACAGUAACCGAUCAGUGCGAGUCUCUCCUAGAAGCAGCCGUGGCUCUGGCCUCUGCUGACGUGUCACUCUCUGAUCCUGCCACGUGUACGGAACAGCAACAGCAGCAAGGGGAGGGCACGGGGUACGAGGCACCAGCGUGGGUGGACAUGGGACUAUACCAGCAGCUGAAGGCGCUGCAGACGAGAAUGCAGGCAGAGACUGCAGCAGGCGCAGGCCGCAAUGCGGAUAGCAGUGUAAACAGCAGUCUGGGCGGCAAUCUGGUCGGCAAUCUGGGCGGAAGUCUGGAAGGCGAUAUGGGCGGCAGUGUGGGCGGCGUUGCAGGUGGCAGUACAGGUGGUGGGCAUGUGGGUGGACCAUGGCUCCGGGAAGCAGGAGCCAGGGAAUUGACGCCGGAUGCAGUGGUUGGUGUUGAAGAGCAAUACACUCGCAUUCAACAAGCCCUUGACGUGGCACUGUCAGUGCAGGAAACUGCUCGGCCUUUUAUCGUUUUCAUUCGGGCGGGUCGGUAUGAGGAGAAGGUGCGGGUGGGGCGGGAGGGAGUGGUGCUGGUGGGGGAGGGCAGCGACCGCACGAUCAUCACUGGCAACGACAGUGUCACCGGGGGUUCGUCUACGUAUGGCUCUGCCACUGUUGCCGUGGACCGAGGCCUGUUCAUGGCAGUGGGGAUACGGGUAGAGAACACAGCAGGGCCACGUGGCAAGCAGGCAGUGGCUCUCAAAGCCUCUGGCGAUCGCUCCGCUUUCCUCGAGUGCGCGUUCACCGGGCACCAGGACACGCUCUGUGUCGACUCCGGGCGGCAGUACUACAGCAACUGUUUCAUCUCGGGGUUCACGGAUUUCAUCUUUGGUGAUGCUGCUGCGCUGAUCGACCGAUCGACGGUGGAGAUGCGCGCGGGGAAACCGACGGUUGAGAUCACAGCGUCGGGGAGGGAGACUAAUACCCCGACGGGGAUUGUGAUUCGCGGGUGUAAUGUUACCGCGGAGGAGGGGGUGAGGGAGGGGUCGUUUGGGCGGCCCUGGAAGAGCUGUGCCCGUGUCGUGAUGAUUGACAACUACUUGCCUGAGAGCAUGCAGGCGGCAGGGUGGAGCACAUGGAAUGGCGACACACGGGGCGACUGCGUCUGCUAUGCUGAGAUUGGAAGCUAUGGUCCGGGCGCUGCUGGCACUAAUGGCACUGCUGCUGGUGCUGGUGCUUCUGGCGCUGCUGGUGCUGCUGGCUUUGCUGGUGGAUCUGAUGGUGCAGCAGGGAGAGCGUCAUGGGCAAAGCCAGGCCUGAUUCCCGCCUCUCACCCUCACUGCCCUCGCUACUUCCUGGGUCGAGGAAUGUAGCAACUAUCUAAGCCAGGUUUGUAUGAAUUUCAUUCCAUAGCUCUGUUUUGCUAUGCUGGUGGUGGUACCACCACUAUGUACCGCAUACACCCGGCUAAAAGACUCCCUGUAACUGAAGCCCCAUGGGUCUUUAUACUGGGGUGGGUCUUAUCCUGUGCAACCAGAAAUUGAGGACCCCCCUUUUUGGCAGUUACGGGAUAAGACCCCUUUCCAGUCAACUAGGGGUUGACCUGAUUGUCUGCGUCAGCACAAUUCGUGCCAUUUUCGCGUCGGCCCAUUAGGUGGCCCCGCAUGGAGCGCCGUGAGUAGCGAUGCUUUUUAAGCGCGAUCUCAGGAAACAGGUCUCGAGACUCCCUAGCUGCAUCUCCCAGUCUCGGAGACGGACUCAGGGUGCUGCUGUAACACUUUUCUACCUGAGUUGUUAUAAUUUCACGUGUAUAACAUAGGCCCCGGGCCUCAUGUAUUUGCCUCCGAUUAAAAGACACCCCUAAAAAAAAAAAAAAAAAACGGGGCAGGAUAAGACCCUAGGAUCUGUUAGCCAGGUAAAUACGGUAUGCC